AUGGGCCUCUUCCAUGAGCCCCUCUCUGCGGAGGGGAUGGCGGAGAUCAUUAGCCUUCAAAAGAUGGCAGAUCGAGUGCCGUGCGAGUCAUUUGUAAAUAUAGCGUCGCAACCUGGCUACUCGCCAGAGCUUGCGCCGACGUAUUUUCCCCCCGGCACGGGCCGGAGUCGGGUACUACAGUUCUAUACACAGCUGCUUGCGCCGAACAAGCCGCGCAAUCUUUCGCACUUGCGCCGGUUUGAACUGGAUUUCUACGUGCCAGACGCGACGUUGCGCCUGAAUUUAUGGAGCGACGUGACAAAGCGAUCACAGAAAAUUGGUGCGUCGGGAGGAAUGCUUAUCCUAGAUAUUGUAUCGCCCCUCACCAUCUACUUUAGCGACGGGAUGUAUGGUAAAAUGGAACGCUCGAUUCGCGCGCACCUUGGCGAUAUGAAGGAGUACAUGGUUGAUCCUCACCAAAUGCCGCCCAGCCCUUCCGUGUCAUUCCAAUCCAAAAUGCCGGACCCCGUCACUCCGCGCUACACGACCCAUGUCGUGGAGUCCCAACGUAUGCUGCAGAUUACCGCGUUUGAAAACGGAUGGCAGUGCCAGCGUGUUGGCAUGUUCCGGUGCUUACUCACGCCGUAUACGCGCGUCGAGUAUGCGCCGGCGCCGCCGGGCAUGGAGGGCAACGAGGAUGGCAAUAUUCCGCAACUAGUAACGCAACUGCGCUUGCAGUACAUGUGCUUUACGACGCUUGCCCAGUCACUGUUUGUGCCGAUGCCAUGGCGGCGCUUCAACUUGGGCGCUGUCGAUAUCCCCAAGGACGUGAUCGAGGAGAUUAUUGCAUACGGCUUUAAGCGCGAGGCGAAACGCAAACGCGCAGAAAAGCGCGCGGAUAAAGGCGCUUUAGUAGAAAAGCGCGUCCGCACGGACCAGACCCAGCAGGAGUCGGGGACACCGCAGGAGCCACUUGAAGCGCCAGAGCUUUUGGCGAAAAAGGAGUCUGAGGACGAAGAGGACUUGCCAAUAUUGGACCAGUGCUUUCGUAUGAACUCGCACAGUAACGAGCGCUUGGCAAUAAAUGAAUGGGGCAUGCCAAACUCGCUUAUGUAUGUCAUGCACCUGCUUGACAGCAUGUCCCAGAUGUCGGAGCUGAUUGACGUGCAUUGCGAGACGGGCGUGCCGCCACUGCAAAUCUUGCACAACUUUGACAACGAACGCCAGCACGAGCUGCGUGCAUCCUCCUCGCGAGAUCCAUUUGUGGCCCCCGACUUGACUGCCCCGCUCACAAGCCAAACCCUAUUUGGCGUGUCCAAGAAACAAUCGUAG